UCCACAAUUUGUGUUGUGGUAUUUUUAGGUAGGAACAAGAGUGACAGAUGGAGUGGGUGAGUUUUUUUAGCUUGUUUGUUUCCUUUUUCACGGAAAUGUCUAGAGCAUCACACACAGGCUCUGAUUAUUCAUCCUCGUCGCUCUCUCCCUUUCUUCUCUGCAUCACCGCCCUUUCACAUUUCUCAAUCCCCCACGGUGGUGUUAUUGAGAAAGGAGAGUUCGACCUCAACCACUAGCCACUGCAAACUUCAUACACCAGCAGAGAAGCAUAAAGUGAUGGCUAACAUGGACAGUAGUUGUUGUAAAUCUCUCGAGAAUACUAAGAAAUUCACUCCGGUACCGCCACUUCUGCCCCAUUCAGCAUCAACCAGUUGUUCUUGUGAAUAUGUGGCGCCGAAUAAUUCAAUACCAAGAUGGCGCAGCAACAAUGUCUCAUCAACCGGAACAGAUUUGUGGGAGCGUCUUUUUGAUCAAGGGUAUAAAGCAGAUGUUUGCAUUAAUACUGAUAACGGUGGCGUUGUUUAUGCUCAUUCUAACAUUCUUGGCAUGACUUCUCCCGUAUUGAAAGGCAUGCUGAAGCAAACAAAACGUCAUGGUCGAUGGCGAACAAUCUCAAUCAUUGGGGUUCCACAUGAUGCUGUUCGAGUUUUUAUUCGAUUCUUGUACACUUCCAGUUAUGAGAAAGAAGAAAUGGAUGAAUUCGUGCUACAUUUGCUGGUGUUGUCACAUGUAUACGUGGUCCCUCACUUGAAAAGUGAAUGUGAACAGAAGCUAGAAUUGGGUUUACUCACCAUAGAUAAUUUGGUUGAUGUAUUUCAACUUGCCUUACUGUGUGAUGCUCCAAGGCUCAGCCUCAUUUGUCACCGCAUGGUGCUAAAAAACUUCAAAGCUGUUUCGGCAUCAGAAGGAUGGAAGUCAAUGAAGCUGAGCCACCCGGUUCUAGAAAAGGAAAUUCUGGAGUCAGUGAUUGAUGAGGAACAUAUUAAAAAAGAGAGGAUUAGAAAAAUGAAGGAAAGAGAGAUCUAUCUACAAUUGUACGAGGCCAUGGAAGCUCUUGUUCACAUUUGUAGAGAUGGUUGUCGAACUAUUGGUCCUCAUGAUAAAGACUUCAAAGCAAACCAACCGUGUAAGUAUGCUGCAUGCAAGGGGCUAGAAUUGCUUGUUCGUCAUUUUGCUGGGUGCAAGUUGAGGGUCCCUGGAGGUUGUGUUCAUUGCAAGAGAAUGUGGCAAUUAUUGGAGCUGCACUCUCGACUAUGUGCUGAUCCAGAUUACUGUAGAGUUCCUUUGUGCAGGAACUUUAAGCAGCGAAUAUCAACACAAAGCAAGAAAGACGAAAUUAGAUGGAAAAUAUUGGUUGAGAAGAUCUUGAGAACAAGAGGAAUUGGGAUAGCAUCCUGCUUUCUGCCGCAAUAAUUAAUGGUUUGUGGUGGGGAUAUAGAGUCAUGGAUCACAACAGUUGAUCUAAGACUAAAACCAGGUUUUAAUUGUAUAUUGUACGAAAUAUGUAAUGUUAGUAAGGAGUGGACCUCUAAAGACCAAGUGUUUCUCCUCUAUACCUCAAUAAUUUAAAAAAAAAAAAAAAAAAACU